CUACCUAACAAUAUAGACUAGUAUAGAAUGACAUCUCACAGUACUCCUAUUUCGGAGUCAAUGGCACCAAUCAUUGAAUUGAUUGACGACAUUGUUAGUUCUAUACUGUUGUAUAAUGAAAAUUUCAUUGAUGAAGAAGUUGAAUCGAAACACUUUAGUGAUUAUGAUAAAGUUAUUAAAAAGACAAUAGAAGCAGUGAAAAUAGAUUAUCAUAUUGAUAGUAAAGAUCUUAAAGAUUUAAAGGAAGAAGAAAUCCAAUUGGUUGAUAAAUUCAAUGGACUGAUUAAUGAUAAUGUAAGAUCAAGUUUAUUAAGUUCAUCAUUCUAUAAUUACUUAGAAUCAUUAUUUGAAAAUCAGUUGGAUAUAUUUCAACCUGUACAAGGUGGAUCUGAUCAGCAUGACGUUCAUGGUCAUAAAAUUAGUAGUUUAAAUUAUAAUUUUCUAUUAAAAUUGGCAGUAUUCUUGGAUUUACAAAUUUAUUUAAAGGUAAAUUUUUAUCCUGAAAUCAAACAAAUAUUUUAUAAUUGUGUAUUAAGAAUUCUGCAACUGUUAUUUAAUAUAUCCACUGCACAAGUCGAUAUGUUUUGGUAUUAUAUGGAAAGUAGAAUGAAAUCUAUACUGGAACAUAUGUUUAUUAAAACUUCAGGACCUGAUAGAAUUGCAUUCUUAUAUAUUUGUAAUGGAUUAACCGAUAAAUUUAUUCAAACCGAUUCAAAGGUAAAGAAAAAUUCUUUAUUAAAAGAUACAUUUAAUGAUAAAUUUCAAUAUAGACCUCGAGUAUUCAUAUCUAAUUUAUUCCUGUUUGAAGAUAAUACUGGUAUGAAUAAAUUAUUUCAUCUUGCUGAAAGAAGACCAAUUGAUAUAAAAUUUAAACAUGCAUUUUUAGAUGAUCUUGUAUAUUUACAUCGUUUAUUUAAUGAUCCAUAUUAUUACCUUAAAAAAACCAAUCAAAAGGAAUUAUUAUUUUUAACAGAAAGAUUACUUGAUGUUUAUCAUCAUCUUAUACGAGAUAUUGAUAAAUUAAAAUCGUCUGAUCAAUUUGAGAUUCAUCCACCUAAACUGGAAGAGACUAAGAAAUAUCUCCGUAAUAAAUUUAAAAAUUUACAAUAUUAUCCAGAAAUAUAUUUAAAGUCUAAUUUUGUUAAUGAAAGGUAUGGUGAUGCAGUAAAGCAAGAUAAAGAAUUUUUUUUAAAAUAUAGUGAAACACCUAAAUUUAUUUUAGAAUAUUUACUAAUGAUAUAUUCACUUGCAAGUUUUUAUUUUGAACUUACACCUGCAAAUAAGAAGGAUUUCUUAAAUCUGUUGGGGGCACCAACUCCUAUCAAACAUGUUACAGAAGAUGUAUGUCCCGAUUCAAUUAGAGGUAAACUUUAUAAGAUUAAAAAGGAGGUAGUGAAUGAAAUUCGUACAGUAGAUUUACAAUUGGCAUUUUUAGUUCAACAUCUUGCAAUUGGUGAUAAAGGAUGGAUGGGAUGGAUUCUUUAUUCUAAAGAUCCAAUUACUAAAAAGCCAUUUUAUGAGGAUAGAAUGGUAACUCAAGAAGAAUUACAAUCAACUAAAGAGAAACUUGAUAAUUAUUUACCAUUCAAAGAAAAGAAAUAUUUCAAUACAUAUGUAACUCCACAAUUAUCAAGAAAAAUGAAGACAUCUAGAGGUUUAGACAAACUUGAAAUUCGUCAAGUUGCUGAUCAAAUCGAUAAUGAAACUGAUACUGAAACUAAAACUGAUACUGAAACUAAAGCUAAUGAAGAUGAACUGUCUAAUCUUUAUGCUUGGAAACGGUUCCGCCAGGCUAGAUCUUCGCAAUGGUUAUCGUUUGGAGAUUUGGUUACUGUGGAAGUGCUUGGAGGUUCCAAUACAAAAACGACUUCUAAGAAGAGGCCCUAUUCAGAUGAUAACGAUAACAAUGACGAUGACGAUGACAAUACCACCAUAGAAAAUAGUAAUGGUACUUCUGUAAAGAAACAGAAAGUGUAAUUGUAAAUAGCUGCAAAUAAAUCGGCUUGCCCUAGAAUUUUUUUUUCCCUUGUGUAACAAAACGCGUCUUUUACAUUUUUCACAACUAAAUUUUUUUUGCAGGUUAAUACUGACUCUCAUCAAAGCCCUAACCAAAUGCUCGUAUUCUUUAUACUAAGUACUGAGUACCAUAUAAUAAUACAGGUUAUAUAUAUGGAAUUGCACUUAUAGAUCUAGUAUACGAUCCCGUUUGUAUACUAUAUAGAAAAAAAAGUAAUUAUUCAUUUCAUACUGUAAUUGCAUGAUAAGUUCAAGUUAUAACUCCGAUCAUAAUGGCCCGUACUAAGAACGUAGGACUUUCAAGGCCGAGAACUCGUUCAAUUAAUAAAGCUAAUGGAGCUGUAUCAGGAAAACGUGACAAGGAGAAGGAGAAAGAGAA